AUGAAUAUCAGAUGCAGAGAGUCUGUUUGCAGGAACCUCUUUGGUCCAGUGGACCACGACCAGCUGCAGCAAGACUUACAGCUGAAACUGAAGGAGAUGAUGUCGCAGGACAGCCAGCGUUGGAACUACAACUUCCAAUCUGAGAAGCCACAGCUUGGCAGAUUUCAGUGGGAGGAAAUACCUGCAGGUCAUGCUGCCUCUUUCUAUCAGGAAUCCCCACAGCCAGUGGUUGAAGUUAAUUCUCCAAGAACUGAGGACGAUGGCACUGAAAGCAACAUUGAUGAACACCUUGGCACAAACCAAGAGAACUAUUUAAGUGUGUCCAACACACUGAAGCGUCCUGGUGAAACAAUGCCUACAAGAAGGAAGCGGUCACUCUCCAAACCUGUAGCAAAGUCCAAUGAUGCAAGAAUUACAGAUUACUUUGCAACAAGAAGACGGUCAGUAAAAGCUAAGAUCAUGGUCAGUCUUUUUCACACCAAUUUCAACAAGGAAACUCAGUGCCAGACAAUAAGAUGA